AAUGACAAGGGCAGACAUGGAAUAAGAAAACAAAUAGGACUGCCAUGGCAUUACUUAGCUGUUUAUAUAGUAUGCCAGGUGUUCUGUGCUAAGUCGUGUCUUCUCUUCCCCAGUCACAUCGAGAAGAUCACGACGUGGCAGGACCCGCGGCAGGCGGCGAGGCAGCCCCUGAGCCACGGCAGCCCCGCUGCAGCCGCGCACCGAGCCCCGGGGAUGGGCCAGCCCGGCCUCGUCCUGAGCACGCAGCCCCAGCUGCCCCCCAGCCCUGCCCUGCCGCCGCAGAGCCGCCCCCCGCAGCCCCCGGCCCUGCUGGCCCUGCCUGCAGCCCUGGCCACGCAGCAGCAGCAGCAGCAGCAGCAGCAGCAGCAGAAGCUGAGGCUCCAGAGAAUCCAGAUGGAGAGGGAGCGGAUUCGGAUGCGUCAGGAGGAGUUGCUGCGACAGGAAGCUGCUCUUUGCAGACAACUUCCUAUGGACUCAGAAAACAUGGUCGCAGUUCAGACAGCUGUGAACAGCCCUGCCAUGACACAGGACAUGAGGCCUAUUACAAAUAAUGGAUCUGAUCCUUUCCUGAGCAGCGGGCCCUACCACUCCAGGGAGCAGAGCACAGACAGUGGCUUGGGAUUGGGGUGCUACAGUAUACCAACAACACCUGAGGAUUUCCUGGGCAACGUGGACGAGAUGGAUACAGGAGAAACUGCAGCGCAGACAGCGAUGAGCAUGAAUCCCCAGCAGACACGUUUCCCUGAUUUCCUCGACUGCCUUCCUGGGACAAACGUGGAUCUCGGGACUCUGGAGUCAGAAGACCUGAUCCCCAUUCUCAGCGACGUGGAGACUCAGCUGGAGUCAGUGCUCAGCAAAAAUGAGCCCUUCCUCACCUGGCUCUAAUCUCCAGUGCUUGUGGGGCCUACAGUGCAAUGCAGAUUUCUUUUUCCUCUUGAGUCAGGCAUAGAAUAUCUGAAUAGCCUCAAGAGAUACAACAUACUGCCUUAUUGACUUUCGUUGCAUCAUCUUUAUGGUCAGUUUAAUAUCUGUCUGGAUUUUUUAUACUAAUUU